AAUCAAUAUUACUAGCAACUAUUAUUAAUAGCUCAAAGUGAAAAGACUGACUUCAGAUAACAUGCGUCACAUCAAUUUCUACUUUAUCCUGCUACAUCUCUUUCUGCUUCAUCAGUUUUCAGAAAAUAAAGGCAUAAAACCAACAAAACAAAAACUCAUAUCUACUCUUAGAGAAGUUGAUCGGCAACAAAGUAAUUAUCUGAAUGAACAGUUCAUUUUAUUUUACAAUGGUUGAUGAAAAGACACUGUGCAGAAUGUGCUUUUGCUGAAUGACAGUUUCUAGUGGCAGGUUUGUGUUCAGGAAAAUGGUCAGAUAUUUUGCAUUUUUGAUGUCUUGGGAACCAUACCUGACACAGUUUUAUCAGAUAAACAUGUAAACACAAGUGAACUUACAUGAUCGACAGCUGCACGGUGCGAUGGAACUGCUCAGUUGAGGACUGUGAUCACCGAAAACUGUGACACUAUUCAAACGAUGACGUAUGAGUUCCUUUGAAAAGAUUUGCCGACUAUUCAUUGUUCUGAUAUGAUCAGUACCUACUUAUUUAAAAUUCUUUCGUUUAAGCUAGAAUUCUGUAUUCAUUUUCGUGCAUUAUUUGUAGAUGCGUUCAAUUCAAAUCCUCCACUUCGUGAAAAAAAUAAUCGGAAUUAUAUAAAAUGCCUUGACAACGACUUAAAAAUCAGACAUCAAAUAAAGCUGACUACAGGUUUGUCAAGAUUCUUUCUUGAGUUCUCUAUUUACGAAGUUCAGAUGAUUAUUAUAUUUCGGGACGAUCAUCUAAAUUUUAUUCAAUUAGAACUUUGAAAGAACUUGCCUGUUUUUCAUACUCCAGUGUUAACCCUGACAAUAUUGUCGUACAAUUCGGCUUUAUUAAUUAAAAGAUAUUAACAAUACUGUUUGGAAGUGUUCCCAUUCAAUAUCUGGUAUUAGAUUUUAUCAUCAUAUAGACUAAACUACUAUUUAUGUGCUAUCUGUCGUUUUCAUCGCUCGCCUACAAAAUAAGAUCUGUGAUAGCCUGGAUAUCCUUAUCGUUUAUGUUAUCGAACUGAAAGGAUUUUCUGUU